CUGUUCUGAUAACAGGCCUUCAUAUACCCGUGGUAUUGUCGGUAUACUUGUAAAUGUCUGAAGGGUGUAAGCCCCUGCGUCACUCAGGUUCAGUAAGCUUCUACCUCUUUACAAAUGAAAAUUCUAGUAACGCUGUUGCAAUAAAAGCGACCGAAAAUUCAAUUCGUAAUUCAAAAUUUAACAAGGAUCAUGGGACCCGCAUUCUUAUUCACGGCUGGACGGAAACCUACAAAAAUGAUGGUAACUUCAAAUUAACAAAUGCUCUGUUAUCGAAGAGCGACUACAACGUUAUUGCUGUGAACUGGGGAGAUGCAAAAUUAUGGUAUGGUGGCGCGUUUAAAGCAGUGCCUCACACUGGAGCCAAGGUCGGAGCUAUGAUCAAGUAUCUUCAUGAAACACACGGCAUGUCCUUAAACACUCUUCACAUAAUAGGCUUUAGCCUGGGCGCUCAUAUAGCUGGUCAUGCUGGCAGAACUGUAGGUCCGGGCAAGGUACAUACCAUUAUUGGGCUAGACCCAGCGUUGUUUCUGUACUAUCUGGACAAGCCACAGGAUCGUCUAACUAGCAGCGAUGCCUUCUAUGUCGAGUGCAUCCACACUAACGCAGGAGUGACGGGCUUAUUGGAGCCCAUAGGCAGUGCUGAUUUCUAUCCCAAUGGCGGGCAGAAUCAGCCACACUGCCUUUUUGGGUGUGCACAUGCGCUAUCGAUUACCUAUUAUGUAGAGGCUCUGAUAUGGAACAACUUCGGUUCUUACCAUUGUGAGAGCUACCACUUUGCAAGACAAAACAACUGCAAUCAUGAGAUGAGCAAUGUCCGCAUGGGAGACCCCGCCAAUGCCAAUGUGGCGAAGGGUGUAUACUGGGUGCCGGUGAAUGAAUUCUCCCCAUAUGGGGUGAGUUCCUUUGAAGCCUGGACUGAACUUGGGCCGAAAUCGCAACAAAAAAAUGCUAAUGGAAUAAUGAUGAAUAAAUAAAAACAUUUUGAUUUCGCAUGAAA